CCGCCCAUAAGCACCCUGGGCAGCGCCGCUGCAGGCCUGGCCCCGCUCCCAGCCCCCUUCGCCAUGGCCGCAGAGGAGCUGUACGCGCAGGGCGCCCGGGUGUGGGUCCCUGACGCCCAGGAGGUCUGGAAGCCUGCGGAACUAACCAAGGGCUACGAGGAAGGGGACGGCUGCCUCCACCUCCGACUGCAAGAUGGCUCGGAGCUGACCUGCCCCGUCGGCCCCCAGCUGCCCUUCCUGCGCAACCCCGACUACCUGUCGGGAGAGAACGACCUGGUGGCGCUGAGCUACCUCCACGAGCCGGCCGUGCUCCACACGCUCAGGGCUCGCUUCCUGGAGACCAACACCAUCUACACCUACUGCGGUAUCAUCCUCGUUGCCAUCAACCCUUACAAGCCGCUGCCCAUCUACGAGGAGCCGGUCAUCUACGCCUACAGCGGCCAGUGCAUGGGCGACAUGGAUCCCCACAUCUUCGCCGUGGCCGAGGAGGCGUACAGGCAGAUGUCCAGGUACAGCAGGGACCAGUCGCUGAUCAUCAGCGGCGAGUCGGGGGCUGGGAAGACGGCCUCGGCCAAAUACGCCAUGCGGUACUUUGCCACCGUCGGGGGAUCGCUGAGCGACGCCGGCAUGGAGGAGAAGGUGCUGGCUGCCAGCCCCAUCAUGGAGGCUUUUGGAAAUGCCAAGACCACCAGGAAUGACAACAGCAGCCGUUUUGGGAAGUACGUGGAAAUCUGCUUCAACCAUGAGUAUCGCAUUGUUGGGGCUGCCAUGAAAACCUACCUGCUGGAGAAAUCCCGCCUCACUUUUCAGGCGAAAGCCGAGAGGAACUACCACAUCUUCUACCAGCUGUGCGCCUCGGCCGCGCUGCCGGAGUUCCACGCCUUGAGGCUCGGUGAGGCCGAAUCCUUCCACUACAUCAAGCAGGGGCGGUGCGCGCUCCUCGAGGCCACUGAUGAUGCUGCUGACUUGGAGAGCACACGAAACGCCUUCUCGCUAUUGGGGGUCCACGAGUCAAACCAGCUGGAACUGUUCAGCAUCCUGGCCGCUAUCCUGCACCUGGGCAACAUCCGGCUCAAGGCGAAGGACCGGCACGGGGAGAGCUGCUUUCUUGAGCCGGAGGACGAGGCCCUGGGCCGGUUCUGCACACUGCUGGGCGUGGAGAAGUCCCAGGCCUCGCGCUGGCUCUGCUACCGCAAGCUCGUCACGGCCAGCGAGACCUACGUGAAGCCCCUGUCCAGGCAGCAGGCCUCGACCUCCCGCGAUGCCCUGGCCAAGCACCUCUACGGGCAGCUCUUCAAGUGGAUCGUGAGCAGGAUCAACAAAGCCCUGCGGGCGUCCUGCAGGCCACACGCCUCCAUCGGCAUCCUGGACAUCUACGGGUUCGAGACCUUCGCAGUCAACAGCUUCGAGCAGUUCUGCAUCAACUACGCCAACGAGAAGCUGCAGCAGCACUUCAACCUGCAUGUCUUUAAGCUGGAGCAGGAGGAGUACGUGCGGGAGGGGAUCCCCUGGGCCUUCAUCGACUUCUCCGACAACCAGCCCUGUAUCGACCUCAUCGAGGCCAAGCUGGGUAUCCUGGACCUGCUGAAUGAGGAGUGCAAGAUGCCCAAGGGCAGUGACCGGAGCUGGGCACAGAAGCUCUAUGACCAGCACCUUCACCACAGCCCCCACUUCCAGAAGCCCAAGAUGUCCACGGAGGCUUUCAUCAUCCAGCACUUCGCUGGCAAGGUGGAGUAUCAGUGCAGGGGGUUCCUGGAGAAGAACCAAGACAUGGUCCCUGCGGAGCUGAUUGGGCUCCUCCGAGCCAGCAAGAAGUCUGCGCUGCUAGCAGAGCUCUUCCCGGAGGAGGGGGACGGCAGCAUCGCCCUGCCCUCCCGCCUGUCGCAUGGGUCCAGAGUGACCGUCCGCCCCAGCAGGAGGUCUCUGCCGGCCACGGACAAGGAGCACAGGAAACCCAUCUCCACCCAGUUCAAAGCCUCGUUGCACAAGCUCAUGGAGACUCUGGCCUGCACCACGCCCCACUACAUCCGCUGCAUCAAACCCAACGACCACAAGCGGCCCUUCGAGUUCGAUGCCAGGCGAGUUGUCGAGCAGCUGAGAGCCUGCGGGGUGCUGGAAACCAUUCAGAUCAGCGCCUCUGGCUACCCGUCCAGGUGGACGUACGCAGAGUUCUUCGGCAGGUACAGGGCUCUGAUGCGCCCAGAGGACCUGACGGGCGGGGACGAGAAGAAGACCUGCUGGCUUGUCCUCCAGAGGCUGCUCAAAGACUCCAGCAAAUUCCAGUGUGGGAAGGGCAAGAUCUUCUUCCGUGCCGGCCAGGUGGCCUUCCUGGAGGAGCUGCGUGGCAGGAGGCUGAGAGCAGCCUGCGUCCUCAUUCAGAAGAGCCUCCGGGGCUGGCUGGGGAGGAGACGCUUCCUGCGGAUGCGAGCCGCAGCCAUCUGCCUCCAGCGCUUGGCCCGGGGCUUUCUGGCCCGCAGACUCGCCAGGCGCCUGAGGCGGGCCAGCGCUGCUCUCAAGAUGGCGCUGGCCAGGCGCUCGUACCGCCGCACCCACGCGGCAGCUGUCACCAUCCAGGCCUUUGCCCGCGGCAUGUUCGCCAGGGCUGUGGUCUACCUGCAGUGCUGCUACCGGCGCAUGCAGGCCCGCAGGGAGCUGAGGCGCCUCCGCAUCGAGGCCAAGUCGGUGGAACACUACAAGCAACUCAGCAAAGGCAUGGAGAUCAAAGUGGUGCAGCUGCAGUGCAAAGUGGAUGAGCAGGCCAGGGAGAACCAGAGCCUCUCAGAGCAGCUGUCGGCACUGAGAGCCUCCCACGGCGGGGAGGGGGAGCGGCUGGGGGGGGUGCAGCGGCUGCAGGAGGACAAGGCUCAGGAGAGGCACGUCCGGGAGCUGCAGGAGCAGCUGCAGCACAUGGAGUUGGAGAAGAGCCUCUCGGAGGGCAGACUGGGCCGGGAGCUGCAGGAGCUGAAGCAGCGCCUGGCAGAGCUGGAAGCCAUGAAAUCCAAUCUGAAGGAAGAGAAGGACGCUCUCAACCAGCGGAUCAUGGAGCAGUCUCAGGACCUGGAAGAGCAGCUGCGCUGUGUGAGGGGGGAGAGCCAGGAGCUGCUGGGCCAGCUGGAGGGGGAGAGGACUCGCUACCAGAGCCUGGUGACGGAGUACGCCCGCCUGGAGCAGCACUGCGAGAACCUGCAGGACGAGGUGGCGUUCCACAAGCGAACCCCCAGCCUCCGCAGGUCCCCUUCCUCUGACAGCAUCCUGGACUCCAAAGGCAGCUACCCGUCUUCUCUGUCCACGGCGCCGUCCUGGGAGGAUACAGACCAGCAGAGCGAAUCCCCAUCUCAGCCCCUGGACCGGGAGAGAGGCCCCUGGAAAAGCAGGGCCAUGUCGGACAGCCCCCGCUCCUCCAUCACUGACGAGGAUGGCCAGGACCCCUUGGAGAAGGCCUAUCUCCUCCUCCUGGGACAGCUCAACGCGGUUACCGAGGACCUGGCCAGAACCCGGGAGGAGCUGCGCAGGGCCAAGGCUCAGCUGGCUCAUGAGAGGAAGCCCUUUGAGCUCUUCAAGCGCUGGAACGCUGCAGAGAUCCUGGGGCUGAGCAAGAGCCCGGAGAAGAUGAUUGAGGCAGACUCGCUGAUGGAGGAGGACUUGAAAUAUGCCUAUGAUGCUGUCCAGGUUUCCAACAAGCUGCUCCAGAGCCAGCUGCAAGAGCAGCAGCAGCAGCACGAGCAGGAGCUGGAAGGCCUCUGCCUGGACAUCCGUUCCCUGAAGCAACUGAGCCAGCAGCAGCAGAGCCUGAUCCAGGACCUGCAGCAGCAUCAGGAGGAAGAUGGGCUCCUGCAUCAGCUAGUGCAGCUGAAGAGAGAGAACCUGGACCUGGCGGAGCAGCUGGAGCGGCAGGAGAGGAGCAUGCUGCAGCUCCGGAAGCAGCUGAAAGCCUCCAUGAAGCAAAUCCAGGAUCUCACAGUGAACAGAGAGGCCAUGUGGCUGGAGCACAAGGUGAAGGCAGAAGAGGCGGAAAGGCCCCUUGGUGUCCUGCGGCCUGCCAGGGCUCUGGAGGGCAUGCUGGGCUGCAAAGCCGAGGAUGAGGGGCGUCUGAUCAGGGCCAUCAUCACAGACUUCAAACCGCAGCACCAUCCCGACGCCCUGCCUGGGCUGCCAGCCUACGUCCUGUUCAUGUGCCUCCGGCACGCAGACUCCACCCGCGACGAGCACAGGAUCCGCUCGCUCUUCGCCGCCGCCAUCAGCGGCAUCAAGAGGGCUGUGAAGAAGCACAGCGAGGACGUCGACGUGGUGACGCUCUGGCUCGCCAACACCUGCUGUCUUAUCAACUGCCUGCGGCAGUACGGCUGGGACCAGCAGCUGGUCCGGGCCGCCAAGAAGAGACUGAAGCCCGUGAUUGGUAGGGCGGGCCGGGGGCGCCCUGUGACUCCAGCCAGCGCUUGA